AUGGGAUCUUUAGAAACUGAGCACAGGCACAGAGAGCACCUCCCAGUUCUGGGAUUCCUUGGCAAAGACGGGCCGAAUUACACUGCGAAGCACCCUUCCGCCGUCAUGGGCCCGACAUCGUCCCCGACACCGCUUUUGAGUCCCACGGCCAUGUAUCCGUCGCAAUCCCUACCCUACUCCUUCUCUACAUCCGCCAGCACAAGUUCUCUGCAGGGUGGGUACAUAUCACCGCCAGAUUCGCGGCGCGCAUUUGAGGAGGAGAAAGAAAAGCAGCCGCAGAGGCAAUCGCUUCCGUCGAUCCAUGAGGCAUUGGGAAACGACAACCCUUUGCCAUAUCCUGCGCCCACAUCGGCUCCUCCGCAACAGACUCACCACGCACCUCACCCUCACCUCUUGUCGUCUAACGGCGUCGGGCGACCGGGCACAGAAGGGCCUCCCGGGCCCCCCAAUCCGUUCUCAAACGGCGCUCCGUCAGGCAACUUUAUGCGCGAGUCAACAUUCCCCCAUCAACCUCAGCUGCAAGCGGAAGCAUCCCGAUCGAGUUUGGCCUCGAUCAAUACCCAGGACUCUAGAACUACGUCGCUCCAGUCACUGAGCUCCGGGAAAUCGCCCACGCAAAGUACGAAAACUGGUCUCACUUCGAUCUCCGGGUCCCAAGCUGGUUCAGGCUAUGAGUACAGCGCUCCCCCGUCUGCGGGCAGUGUAGCUUCUCCCAAUGGGUUUGGGAGUUUCUCGCAACCCUUCCAAUUUCAGUCGCAACCACCGCAUAACGCGCCAUCGUACCCAUCUACUCCUUAUGAUACUCGACCCUAUGCUGGAGCAGGUUGGAAAUCAGGAGUUCCUGACACUGCUCGCGCCGAUGAAAUGAAAGGUGUAAUAACGGGCCGCCCGCCGUUAUCCGGACCGCAUUACGGGGAGCACGUGAAGCGGCAUUUAGACAUUUAUGACGUGGAGACAUCGCUGAAUGAGAUAGCUGAUAUUAGCACUCAGACUCUUGACUUUUCGCGUCUCUAUGCAGCAAGAGCGCAUCAGACGCAGCGUUCUGGUCCAGUAAUGGGCUCCUUGCCUUCUUUGCACGAGAUUGAGGAGAUACUCAAUCUACAGCGGCGCAAUCAGGAAGCUCUGCUUCGCAUACGAACUGCAGUGCUGAAUCAGGAGCAUGCUCUGGCUGAGCAAAUGGCCCAAAGAAAAGCUUACAAAGCUGGUGCUGUGCAUGGAGAGGAUCACGUGGCGAUGUAUCAAGAAGAUUUCAAGACCAACGGCGGAUUUGUGGGACCUGAUUCGAAAAAGAGACGAGGGAAAGCCGCUCCCCCUGGUCGCUGUCACAGCUGCAAUCGAGCCGAAACACCGGAAUGGCGCCGUGGUCCGGAUGGAGCGCGAACAUUGUGCAAUGCGUGCGGUCUGCACUAUGCCAAGCUAACGCGCAAAAUGGGCGCCAACAAGGCUGCAUCCAUGGGUUCGAAUCUGCGGCCCAAGACUGCACUCGACACUUCGCCACCAAACAGCCAUUAA